CUCAUUCGUCUUCUUCUUCCCACCACACUCUCUCUCUCUCUGUUUCUCCAAACCUUCUCGGUUGAACCGGAACCGAAACCACAAACGCUCCUCCUCUUCUUUGUUUUCUCCAAAAAAAAAGUUAACCUUUCACUUAAAACCCUACUACUCCUUCUCCUCCCUCUCUUAUAUAUCUCGUGACUCUUUUCUUUCUCCUCCAAUCUCUCUCUCCCUAUUCCAUAAGCCAAUUAGCUUCUCUCUGUAAAACUUCACUCGUUGGCCAAUUCCAUUUUCGUUUUCAUCCAAAACAAAAAAUCUCAGAUUCCAAAUGGGUUUUCAUUUUUUCUAGUAUUUUUCUUUCUUAGCGAUGAUGAUGAACAUAUUUGUAAGAAAGAAUCUUCCUCUUUCUCUAAAGAUUAAACCUUUUUUUUUCCCUUCAGUUUUGUAUCUUCUCAGUGGGUUUUAAGGGUUUUAUUAGUAUAAUCUUAAAACUAAACACAAUUUUCCUAACCAAAAGCUUAAUCUCAUCACUCUCUCUCUCCACACUCACAAACAGUAAAAGUUCUUACAAUCCCCCCAAGUUUUGGUCUUUUUUUUCUUAAAACUCAUAAACUCCGACAAUUUCGUGAUUUGUUUUCUGAUUUUUCUCCGGGGGAAAAAAAAAAUCUCAUUUUUUAUUUUUCCGACAAAGAAAACAAAAAAAAAUGACGGCGUGCAUAAGCAGUGGCGGAGGAGGAGCAGCGGCGUACAGUUUCGAGUUAGAAAAAGUGAAGUCACCACCAUCAAGCUCAACAACAACAACGACGAGAGCUACUUCACCAUCAUCAACAAUCUCAGAAUCAUCAAACUCACCACUCGCAAUCUCAACGAGGAAGCCAAGAACACAGAGGAAAAGACCAAACCAAACAUACAACGAAGCAGCUGCUCUUCUCUCCUCUGCUUACCCAAACAUCUUCUCCUCAAACUUGUCGACUAAGCAAAAGAUUUCCUCAAACUCUCAUCACUUCUACGGUACAACAAAUGUCAAAUCACCACUCCUCAGUGACACCGACGCCUCCUCUGAUUUGCUUCUCCCUUACGACGAAUCAAUCGAAGAACCUGAUUUCCUCUUUCAUCAUCACCACCACCACCACCGAACGAUUCAAUCCAAGUCGGAGUUUUUCUCCUCCUCCGAGCUUAAAGAAGUCAACUCCGGCGGCGGUGGGAGUUACGUUAAUCAGAUCGAAAAACUCGAUUUUUCCGACGAGUUCGAUGCUGAAUCGAUCCUCGACGAAGAGAUCGAAGAAGGGAUCGAUAGUAUAAUGGGGACUGUGGUGGAAUCGAAUUCGAAUUUGGGGAUUUACGAAUCUAGGGUUCCGGCGAUCAAAGGCGGCGGUGGAAGAAGCUCUAAUCGAAUCGGGAAAUUAGAACAACAGCUCAUGAUGAUCAAUUCAUGGAACCGAAGCUCCUCAUCUAACAACGGAUUCAAACUACCGUUAGGUCUUGGCUUAAAAGGAGCUCUCAGAGAGAACAAAGACCCAAACUUGUAUAAAUUUCACACCGUCGAUUUCGAACAGAUCUCGCCGAGGAUUCAAACUGAAACCGCGGUGGUAGUUGCAGCCGUUGAUGAUGAUGAGAAAAAGCCGAUUGGAGGAGGAGGAGAGAAGAGUAAGAAGACGACGACGAAGAAGAAGAAGAAGAUGACGGCGUUGGUAACGGAGUCGAAGAAUUUAGCGGCGGAGGAGACUACUAUUACUACUACUACGGAGGAGACGACGAGGAGUUCUGAGAAGAGAACAACGACGACAGGUCCGUUGUUGAAGCUUGAUUACGACGGCGUUUUGGAAGCUUGGUCUGAUAAAACGUCGCCGUUUCCUGAUGAUAUCCUUGGAACGGAAGCUGCUUCUGGUAUCGACGUCAAUGCUAGAAUAGCUCAAAUUGAUCUGUUCGGAGACAGUGGGAUGAGAGAAGCAAGUGUUUUGAGGUACAAAGAGAAGCGUCGAACUCGUCUGUUUUCUAAGAAAAUCCGAUACCAAGUUCGCAAACUCAAUGCUGAUCAGCGUCCUAGAAUGAAGGUAUCUCAACCAUCUUAAUUCGUGGUUAAAAAAACAUGGACGAUUCGUGAGAAGGCCCAAUGAGAGCUCUCCAAGUGGACAAAGAUAACAAGGAUAAAAGAGCCUAAAGAUUCAGUCCUUUUAUCUAUCUUUUCUCUUUUUCUAAUGUUUAUUCCUUUUUAGUUUUUGUAUUAAAAAAUUUUGCACCCUCCUAUUUUUUGGUCUUCAUUUUAUGGUCCCUUUGGUUUAUAAUUUAGGUUUUUAGUCCUUAAAUAAGGAUGUAUAUGAGGGAGAUUUGCUGUAGAGGGUGAGGGAUCAAAACAAAUAAAAAAGUUUUUUUUUUAAUAUAUUAAUAAAAUCAUAAAUAUCGAAGUUUUA